CUGCAUCAGUUUUGAUCCUUUUUUUUAAUUGCCCACUGUAAGUCCGACAAUAUUAUAUAAAUAAAUAUAUAGUUAUAUCAAGCAUUUGAUUCCACUCUCCGUAAAACGAAUUUUAUUUUGAAACUCAUAACCGGAAGACAUAUAAUCGUUGCCUAUGUAAACCAGAAGGAGAAGCAGAAGACAGCCUACACGAGUGUAGUAAAGAGUGUGUAUUAGUCUGAAACCAGUGGUGGUAAUGAGUGCGAACCCUAACAUAGUUAUAGUAGGAUGCGGGAUAUCAGGUAUAGCAGCGGCACGCAGGCUCGUUAAAGCUGGGUUUCAAAAUGUGCGGAUACUGGAGGCGACUGCAAGAAGUGGAGGAAGAAUAAAGACAGGAAGAUUGGGUGAUAGUAUUGUUGAGAUAGGGGCAAACUGGAUCCAUGGACCGUCUGAGGGGAACCCAGUGUUUUGUCUGGCUCGUCAGUAUGGGCUCCUGGAUCCUGAGGCCCUCACCCCAGAGAACCAGGCUAUGGACGUGGGAGGACAUCCCCCCUGGGUCCCCAACGUCUUCAGCAGUUCAGGUCGGAAGCUGAAUGCUGAGGACCUCCAGCCUGCUCUGGAGAUGUUUUCUGAGUUGCUGUGUGAAAGUUCAGAAUUUCAUAGUCAAGGGGGAGAACCCUGGCCCAAUGUGGGAGAUUUCAUACGCUCAGAGGUGCAACAACGAGCAGCAGAGAUGUGGAAAGAUAUGGAUGCAAACACCAGAUCUCUACAACUGUGUGUGAUCAGCAACAUGUUGAAGGUGGAGUGCUGUGUUAAUGGGAGUCACAGCUUGGAUGAGGUCGGCCUGGGGGCCUUUGGCCUCUACAAGACUCUACCUGGACUGGACUGUACAUUCCCAGGUGGCUAUGAAGGUCUAAUCAAAAACUUGAUGUCGGAGCUCCCUGGUGGUUUAGUGACCUACAAUCGGCCUGUGCGCUUUGUCCACUGGAACAACACAGAGAAGAGAGAAAACCUUGUGAUGGUUGAGUGUGAUGAUGGGGAGAAGUUCGCUGCUGAUCAUGUUAUUGUCACAGUACCUCUAGGAUACCUAAAGAAGCACCAUUCAACUCUGUUCCAUCCCCCUCUCCCUCUACACAAGCUGCACUCCGUCCAGAGGCUAGGUUUUGGAACGAACAAUAAAAUAUAUGUGGAGUUCGAUUCGCCGUGGUGGGAUCAGGACUGUGAGGUCAUCUACUUUGUGUGGGAAGAUGAGGAUGCCAUGGUGGACCAGGUGCCAGAUGUACAAGGAUCCUGGAUAAAGAAGUUGUUUGGCUUCACUGUGCUUAAACCCACUGAAAGAUAUGGCCAUGCUCUGUGUGGCUGGAUUGCUGGGCAUGAGUCAGAGUAUAUGGAGACACUCUCUGAGCAGGAGGUCACGCAUGCCAUCACACAACUUAUUCGUAGAUUUACAGGAAACCCUAUCAUCACCCCAAGGAGAGUUCUACGCUCCCAGUGGUUUCAUGACCCCUGGACAUGUGGAUCCUACAGUUACCCUGGAAAAGGCUGUUCAGUGCAGGACCUGGAGAACAUGAUGGAGCCCCUGCCUGUGAAGGAAUCACAGUCACAACCCCUGCAGGUGUUGUUUGCUGGAGAGGCUACUCAUCCCUACUACUACUCCACCGUCCAUGGAGCUUUUCUCAGCGGGUGCAGAGAAGCUGAUCGGCUCAUCUCUCACUACUCCUCCAUCAGUCCAUCUCAGCCAGCCAAGUCAAAGCUUUAGAAGGAACAAUGCUGCUUUGCCAAAAAAAAAAAAAAAUCUGCUGACUUUAUGCUGUGGAUUUCACAGCACUAAAAUACUAAUGCGUUUGGCUGAUAUUGUCAACUUGAACAAGCAAAUCACACAAGUGAUAGAUACAGUAAUUAUAUUUGCAUUAAAUACAUUAAGGGAACAGCUUUAAAUAUUAACGAAUUAAUAUUUUUGGUAAAGAAAAAUGAAAGAAUGUAAAUACAUCUUCUUUACAAAUCUGUUUAACCACAAUGCUGUUAUAAUAAAUUAAUUUCCUAAUAAAAAAUUUCAACAUUUAAAUCAAUAAGUAAAUAAAUUUGCACAUUUAUAUAAAAACAUUUUAUAAAGAUCAAUUUCAUAUGUUUUUAAGUUCUAUUUACUAAUUAUUUUAUUGUUUUUAGCUCACAAUAUGUUGCCUUACCUUUUGCACUUGCACAAACUUUGUUCUCAAAUUAUUAUUAAUUGUGAAUGAUGUGGGAACAUCGUCAAAGAAAAGUGGUGGACUGGAGAACAUAAAGGAAUUUACUAUUCGAACCAGUAUGUUAUCAAAAUUACUGGCCAAACCCCUAAAAACUACAUUCAAUGAGAAGAAGGAAGCAGCCAGAAACACAUAUGCAGGGGGGGUUGGGAGGUUGGGAAAUUUUGCGCUUUACAGGCAAACAUCAAUCUGGAUUAUGUGAUCAAACAUUAAACAGAUGAGUCAGUAGAGCAUUUAAUAUUGUAAGUAUGCCAAAAGUAUUCUACAGGAAGAGAAACACUCAAGGGCACCUCAGAAAGUAUGGAUCAGAAGAAAUGAGCAUGAAAGUUUUUUUGUCUUGUGUCAGGGAAGCUUGAUGGCCUCAAAUUUAUAUUAUUUUUCUUUAUCUUUGUUGUUCUGUUUUGGGUGUGAAUGUGUCCAUGUUCUGUUGCUCAUUUUCUGAUACUGGAAGUUUUUUAUGAAGGUGCAAGUUCAAUAUAAAGAAAAAGUUGUUUGUAAGAUUUCUGGGUGUCAUUUUUCUAUUAAAUCUUUCUCUGGCCAAUAGCCUGGA